AUGGGCCAGGGUAUCAAAGUUUGCAGUUCGCAGGGUCCCUCGAUCCCUCUGCUGCCUGCGCGCCGCGUCCAGAAGCAUCAUCUCCGCACUCCCGGGCCACGGCGAGAGGGAAGAGGGCGCUGGAGGAUGGAUCAAUCCAAGCUCGCCGUGCUGGGAACUGUUGGCCUGGUGGCUACGGCAGCCGUAUGCUGCGCAAUCGUCUUCUCUGGGCGUUUCAGCUUCGCCGGAUCAUCCACUGGGAAACCCUUCGCUAGUUCUCCCGGCACCACCGCCGACGCACAAGGGGUGGCCGCCUCCAACAAAGUCAUCGACGACGAGGAUGACAAGGACAAGCUUACGGGUGGGGUUUCCACCGAAAAGGGGACGGGAAAAGGCGACAGCGGGGGCGGGGACGGUUCGCGGGCAGCCCCUGGUUCUGGCGGUGCCUCUGUGCCGGCGGCGGAGGCGGCGGCUGCGCGGGGGGUUGCUGUGGGGCAAGGGAAGGCUGAGGAUGGGGAAGCGCUUAUUGUGCGGUUUAACCGUGCCAACUCCAAGGCGAAGAAACUCUUCACCGGCCAGAGGUACGCUCUUGCCGCCGAGCAGUACGGCAUCGCCCUCGAGCUCUGCGACGAGCUGCCCAACCACGACAACAAGCGCACGGCCCUCCACAACAACAGGGGGGCGGCCUAUGAGAAAGACGGUCAGUACGCCCUUGCCCUGGCGGACUGCUCGAUGUGCCUCUCCCGGGAGGUCGGGCACAAGUUCGCCCGCGUCCGCAAGUCCCGCGUGCUGGAGGCGAUGGGCAAGCACGAGGAGGCCCUGAGCGAGGUCUGCGCGCACCUGCUGCUGGAGAGGGAUCGCGUCCAGGCAAAGGCGGCGUUGAACCCAUCGGAACCGCUGACGCCUCCCGCGCCUCCAGCAAACCUCGAAGGUCUUCUACAAAAGGUGGCCUCGAAACGAGCGGACGCCAUCCUGCUAGAGAGGGAACAGACAGCCGAGAAGCAGGAGGCGGCGGCGGCAGGCGGUGCCGGGACGGGGACAGAAAAGCUCAAGCCCCUGGUGAAGCAGGUCGUGAUGGAACUCCUCCGGAGCUUCGGGUCGUUCGCCCAGCUCGAGCGACGGUACAAGGGCAUGGAAGAGACGGCGAUCACGCGGGAGUUGAAGGACGCCGAGAAGGCCGGCAAGGAAGGGGAUGGGUCCGCCUCUGCCACUACCACUAGUGCCUCGAGGGUGUCCUCCCUUCUUGACCGCGGCCUUCUCCGUAUGGUCAAGCGUAACUACGACGGCGCAAGAGAGGACAUUUUCGAGGCUGCAGAGCUUCUUUCCACCCUCACCGAAGCCGAUCCAUCUGAAGCAGGCGCUGACGAGGUUCCGCCUCAUGUUAAGGCGUCUGUCUGGGAGUGGCAGGGCACGUUCCUUCAGCUGUCGGGGAAGCUGGACGAGGCCAUGGAGGCGUACCGGCGCUGCGGGGAGGAGAUGGAGGCGGAGGGGGAAGAGUACCCCGCCGAUGUGCUCAUCAAGAUGGCCUGGGUCUGCAUGGACAAGGAGGACAUGGAUGCGGCAAAGGAUUUGUUCGCGAGAGCCGGUGAGGCCCACCCAGAAUAUGGCAGCUCCUUUGCUCACAGGGCAAGGCUGGACUCCGAAAAGGACGGGGCGGAGCAAGUCCGGUCCUUCCUGCGCAAGGCCAUCGAGCUCAACAGCGAGGACGCCUUUGCGUGGGAGCAGCUUUGCAGGAUCCACGUACAGGCCGGGGACAUCCCUAAGGCGACCUCCACCAUCGAAGAAGGUCUCGAGUUCGUGCCGAACUCGGAUGCUCUCCUUACCCUCAAGGCGGAACUGAAGUACUCGAUGGCGAUGAAAGCAGGCGACGCUUCCUCCUGCGCUGCAAUCCUGGAGGUGUUCGACGCCGCCAUCCGCGCCAAUCCCAGCAGCCCGGUGUUAUACCUCAACAAGGCCUCCUGCCUGCUGCAGAUGAUGAGCGAUGUUGGUGGGGCCAUGGAAUUGCUCGAGAAGGGGGUCAGCGUCGACCCUACCAGCGUGAACGCCCUUGUGCAGUUGGCGAACCUGAAGAUCAUGGUGGCGAGGGAGAUGGCGGAGGCCGAGGCGGCGACGGCCCUCCUCGACAAGGCGGUGGCGCUGUGCACCACCAAGGAGGAGCUGAUGGAGACGCUCAGCGUCCGCGUCGCCACGGAGGGCCGGAUCAAGGGGGCCCUGCUACUGGGACGCACCACCCUGGGUUGAUUUUCUGGGGACUCGAGGACAGGUCAACCGCCCAAUCGACGACGACCUUCUCUCCGCAUCGGCCGGCGAACUGGUUUGCCUGUGGCGUGGCCGUGCCGAAGAUUGAUGUGCUAGACGACGGGCUUCUCCCCGGGUUUUGAGGCAGACGGCGUUCUCGCCCGUCCCCCACGGAGCGGUGCGGAGUUUAUUUAUGUUCCCGCGAGCAAAUGGGUCCGCUAGCACGGUGCGGGGGAUGCCACCGACCGAAGAUUGGCAGCGUGCGUCUUUCUGUCGUUGUGACGCUGUGCUGCUGCUUACGCUACCUUUUGGACACUUGGACCGGACCCACGUGCGUGAUGGUUGGCUGUGUUCCGACAGGAUUGGUUUGGCUCUGGGUGUCGUCGCCACCAAGGCUUAAAACAAAACCAUUUUCAAAUGCUUUGGGCCGUUCCCUCUGUAUUUUGUUUCUUGUGUUAUUUUUUUUGUUGUUUCUCUUUCUGAAAAGUGUUCAGUGUACUACUGCUGUGUGGUCUUUCUGUGUGUGUUGUAUCUGGCGCCAAGCGUGGUCUUUUCGGGGCUUGUGCCUGACGUAUUUGGCAAGGCCGGGUGGUCAUCUUGUGUGCUUGCCAAUGACAAGAAACUUGUGUGUACAAUAUGCCGUCACUGGUUUCUGGUUUUCGUUUCCGGGGACUUGAAUGGAGUACCGUAUACGACACACACACCCUGGACCGAUUUUCAAGCUCGAUUUCUCAACAGCAGAGAGAGUCACAGAGCCGAAAACGGCGGGGUUGAAGCCGUCCGGUCGAGAGCUUUUGGAAAACGUAUCGUUUCGUUUGUGCAUCCUCUUCGUCGUGGAGUAAUCGAGCUUUGAAAAUCGGUCCAGGGUGUGUGUUAUCUUAUGUCGUAUACGGUACCAUCAUCUGGGUCUCAUCGUAGUUGGUAGUUGUGUCGAAGCACCUUUGACCACAGAGGUCUGUCUCGAUUGGGGCUUAGCUGCACGCAGCGCAAGGGAUUUGGAGGGCCGGGUAAUUCGGGCCGCGAUCCACUUCCGCCUCUCUUUUUCGUUUUUUUUUUGAAGUUAUCUAGCUUACGCAACAUAUGUACCAUGUGUUUUUGUCUGACACCGAUAUCUGCUGACUACUGUAUUGGAAGAAUUUUCUGCUUUUUUUUUUUUUACUUACAAACGUCUGCCCUUUCAUUGGGGUAGUUGGCCUGUGACCACGGAAGGCAUGCGCGUCAGUUGGACCAGUACCGAUGAUGUCAGAAUGACACCGAGCGGACACCGGAACGGUUUUGAAUGUGAAGACAGCACAUAAUCCUGUCUACCGGAUGAGCACCAGUGGUGGUCUCUUGUUGGCUUGGUCUGGAGUGCGUAGGAGAUUGGUUGGUGAUGUUUUGCCAGUUGGAACAACGUUGUCUUCCACAAUAGAGCUAAGAAGCUAAAUGCA